AUGAAAACUGGUUUAUUUAUUGCAUUGUUGGUGCUUGUAGCAUCAGCCAAUGUAUUUGGUCAAUCGUUGAACGAAAAAACCGAUGAACGAAAAGAUGGUCUUGAUGGAACAGUAACUGGUGAAAAAGUUAGACCAGGCACAAUUAUACGUGAAGAAAACAAGACUACUACAUUCCGACGUGAAGAAAUCAAACCUGAAACAAUCAUUCGUGAUGAUACCAAAUCUGAUACACUCCGACAUGAUGAUAUCAAAACUGAUACACUCCGAACUGACGAAACCGUAACUGUUGAAAUUCCACGUGAUGAAAAUAUCAAACCAGAAGCACUCCGACGUGUUGAAAAAACCAAGACUGAAACUGUUCGAACUGAAGAAACCAAACCUGCUCCAGUCGUACCAGUAGAAACCACACCUGUUGCAAUCACACGUGAUGAAAAUAUCAAACCAGAAGCACUCCGACGUGAUGAAAAUAUCAAACCAGAAGCACUCCGACGUAUUGAAAAAACCAAGACUGAAACAGUUCGAACUGAAGAAACCAAACCUGCUCCAGUCGUACCAGUAGAAAUCACAUCUACUACAACCCCACGUGAUGAAAAUGUUAACGCAGAUACACUUCAACGUGAUGACAUCCAAUCAAACAAAGGUUUACGUAAAAAAAAAGUUACAAAAGUUACAGAAGUACAUGAAGAAGAAUCAUCACUUGACGGAAAAAAGGAACGUGAAUCUGAAGAACGUGUCACACCUGGUGCCGAAAAGGAACGUGAAUCUGAAGAAGAUGUCAAAUCUGAUACCGAAAAAGAAGUCGAUGAAACAAGUGAACAUAAGGAAGUAGAUGACAAAGAACGUGUUGAUUCAAAUGAAGUUGACAGUAAAUUUGUUAAAACCGAAGAUGUCGAACCCAAAGUUGAUGUUACCGUAACCAAGCACGAAACAUCUCGAAAAACUGGAUUAAAAUUAUCAACUGGCGAUCUUGCUCGAGUAUCUGAAAAGAGUAUCCAUGUCAGUGGUAACAUUCUUCUCGUUAAAUAUCGUCCAGCAGCUGUUGAUUCAGUUCAAUAUGAUCUCGAUGGUGCACGUUUAAUUCAUGGCAGCCGUCCAUUAGUUGAAUCACGUUUACCAUUUGCUCGUGAUUAUCUUGCAAAGGGAAGCCAUGUUAUGCUUUAUGUUUCAACAUUAAAAACAACUGAUCCUAAAUUAGCAUUUGCCAAAUUUCCAGUUGAAUAUAAAGUUGAUAACUUUCCACUUACAUUCGAUAUUGAUAUUGAUUUACCAGAUAAACAACUUGGUCUUCUUGAACGUUCUGACAUUACAUUAUAUUUCUUCGUUUAUAUUACUAAUGUUUAUCAACGUAUGGAUACAUUCCUUCCAGCUGGUACAAGUCAAAUUCUUUUACAAGGAACAAACCGUCUUGUGCAAAAACUUGAUGUUUAUGUUCGUCCAAGUGGUAUUGAAAUUACUGGUUUAUUUCGUGGUCGAUUCGGUGAAAAAUAUAUUCAAUCAGGAACAACAUUUCAAAUUCUUAUUGUCUCUGAAAAAACUUUACUUGACAAAAAUUUUUCAUCAAAAGAUGCUGUUGCUCAAUUAACAAUUACUGAUGUACCAGCUAUGUUUCCAAUUCCAUUUUCACUCUUAGUUAAUCAUCAAAUGUUAGAAUCAGAUAUGAAAUAUUACGCAGUUCCUUACAUUAUUGAAAGUGGUGUUCGUCGUAUGAUUACAUUGAAGCCAGUCUGGGUUAUCAAUGAACAAAAAGUUCUUAUUACACCACAACUUAUCUUUACUGUUAUUCCAUAUCCAUUUAUUAUUAAAGGUUUCGUUUCACGUGCCAUGCCAAAUACAUUCUAUAUUCAACCAAAUUCAGUACUUAAAAUUCACUUUCAUGAAUUGGGCACACCAAUAGAAGAUGAUAUUGUUUUUAAAUUACCAGAAAUUGUAACACUUCCACAAGUAUUUCAAGUUAAUGUUAGUCAAGCAGUAUCAUUUGAUGCAUCGAAAAAAUACGAAGUUCGUGCAGUUCUUUAUGAUGAAACAAAUGAAGCUUAUAUGGCUACUAUACAACCAAUUCCACUUCUUGAUGAAUUUUCACGAUUAAGUAUUCCAGUUGAUGAUCUUCUUUAUUACAGUCGAGUUCGUCUUCAUGCAUCAUCAAAUCAAUUAUUAAGUUAUAUGCCAGGAAGUUCAGCUCAAAUUUUUGUAACUGAAAGUCCAGAAACACCAACAAAACCAAUUGUCGCUAUGCGUGUUGAUAAAAUCGAUGUUGAUUUCCAUGAUUUCUUAAUUAAAGUACCAGCUACAGCUAUCGAACAUGGACGAAAUUAUUAUUUAGUUAUGAUGAUUGAAGUUCAUGGUAUUAUUACACAUGUAUCAAAAAGUUUAUUUAUCUCAAAUAAUCAACCACCACCACUUGUUAUUCAAUUACCAGUAUUAUCACUUAAUUUAGUUCGUGGUGUUAUCUUCGAUGUUGACAAUCGUCCAGCACAAUGGUCAUCAUCAUCUUAUGCUACUCUCUAUUUACUUGAUGAUACAAUUACUGAUAUGGAAAAAGCUGUUGUUCAAACAUUCAAAAUUCAUUUAGAAAAUGAUUUUCCAGUUCGUUUCGAAAUACAAUUAGAUUUCGGUCGUCUUCAUGCUGAUCGUGUCUAUCGUUUACAAACAGCUAUUGAAAAUGGACGUGGUUUAUUAGAAUACAAACCAGCUGGUAGUGUACUUAUAUUAAACCCACAAAGUGGCUUAGUUACUGAUAUCCGUAUUCCAGUACGUAAUUUCAAAACAUUUCAAGUAGUUAACGGUCUUGUUUAUAUCAACGACUUUACAGCAGCAUUACCUGAAAGAAGUGAAAUUAUUGUUCAACUUAGUUCAUCACCAGUAGUAUCAAAUCCAAGUGUUAUUGAUGAAAUUCGUAUUAAAGUUGAAGGUCAUACUUUACCAGUUAAUUUCACAAUGAAUUUACCAUUAAAUAAAAUUGAUAUCAAUGCAGUUUAUUACUUCCUUGUUCGAUAUACAGUUCGUGAUGUAGUUGUUAUUCCAGCAAGUCAAGUAUUUGCUUUCUCACCACGUAAUGAAGCAACAAUUGUCUUAACAUUAUCAAAAACACCACAAAUUCCAAUUACUGGUCAAGUUACAUCAACUGGUAGUGCACUUAUUUUACCAACUGAUUCAACAUUACAUUUAUAUAUAACUGAUGAUGUUAGUCAUGAAAAACCACUUAUCUAUAGUGAAGUUUUUCUUCAAGCUUCAACAAACAGUAUCUAUGAAUUUACAAUGAAUAUUGAUUCAAUCAUUCUUCAAAGUAAAAAACCACUUUAUCUUCAAGCUGAUAUUAUCUAUCAUGAUGCUAUUAUCAUGAGUAUGCCACGUCGAGCUUUACUUCAAAUUACACCAGGUGGUGAAUGGAAUAUUAACUUAAUUGUUGAUUUACCAACACUUCUUAUUGGCAAAAUUGUAACAAUGAAUUCAGAUGAAACUGUCGAAGGUGAUUUCGAUGUUCAUGUUGAAAUUCUUGAUCGUACAACAACAAAGGUCGUACAUACAACCAAAAUACGUUUUGACAUUAAAGGUUCACGAGAUUUCCGUAUUGAACUUGAUACUGAAUUAUUUAUUCAUUAUCAAUCAUUAUCAGUCCGUGCCGUCGUUAAAAAUUGUAAAAAUCAAGUCUUAUAUGAAAGUGGUGGUGCAGUUAAUAUUCAUACAGGUCUUAACUUAAAUGUUGAUUUAUCAGUCGUCUUAACUGAUCGUAAAAAACUUACUGAACUUAGUGUUAGUUCUUACAAAGGUGCUCCAUUAGCCAUCGGUUCAUGGCAAUUAUCAGUUACUGGUGUUGUUAGUGAUACCAAAACAGUUGAAUUAAACAAACGAAUUACCAACUAA